AUGACUAUUUUAAACAAGGUAAAUCAUCUAGCAUUAUAAAUAGGAGUUAUAUUUAAACAACAAGGAGAAAAAGAAAAAGUUUUACAAAACUACAAUAUGGCCAUCAGAUUAAAUCCAAAUUUUGCUGAUGUAUAUUACAACUGUGGUAUAUCAUCUAAUAAUUUAAGUAAGAGUUCUAUUCGAUCAACAAGGAGAAAAAGAAAAAGCUCUCCAAGACUACACAUAGCUAUCAAACUAAAUCUAAAUUAUGCUGAUGUUUAUAAUAACAGAAGUACAUAAUUUUGUUAUAAAAUUAGGAAUUCUAUUAAAACAAAAAGGAGAAAAAGAAAAAGCGCUUGAAGAUUACAACACAGCCAUCAAAUUGAAUCCUAAUGAUACUGAUAUUUAUAAUAACAGAGGAAAAUAAUCUAUUGAUAUCAUUAGGAGUUCUAUUAGAUUAAAAAGGAGAGAAAAAAAAGCGCUUCAAGACUACAAUCUAGCCAUUAAAUCGAAUCCUAAUUAUGCUGAUGCUUAUUAUAACAGAGGUAUAUCAUUUAGUAUGAUAAUUAGGAAUUCUAUUCAAACAAUAAGGAAAAAAAGAAAGAGCACUUCUAGACUACAACAUGGCCAUCAAAUUAAAUCCAAAUUAUGCUCCUUUAUAUUAUAAUCGAGGUAUGCAAUCUCAUAUAUUAUAAUUAGGAAUUCUAUUUGAAGAACAAGGAGAAAAAUAAAAAGCUCUACAAGACUACAACAUGGAGAUCAAAUUGAAUCCAUAUGAUGCUGAUUUUUAUAAUAAUAGAGGUAAAUCAUUUCGUAAUACAAUUAGGAAUUCUAUUUAAAGGACAAGAAGAAUAAUAAUUAGCUCUCCAAGACUACAACACAGCCAUCUAAUUGAAACCAAAUUAUGCUGAUUUUUAUAAUAAUAGAGGUAAAUCAUCUAGUAAUAUCAUUAGGAGUUCUAUACAACGGACUAGGAGAUAAACAGAAAGCACUUCAAGAUUACAACAUGGCCAUAAAAUUGAAUCCAAAUUAUGCUCCUGCUUAUUAUAACCGAGGUUAUCAUCUAGUUAUAUACUUAGGAAUUCAUUUUGAAGAACAAGGAGAAAAAGAAAAAGCACUUCAAGAAUUCAAUAAAGCUCUCAUUUUAUAACGAGAUGAUCCACUUUAUCAUACCAACUUAGGAAGUUACCAUUUUAACAAAUAAUAAUUUAAUGAAGCAAAUGGUUUUUUUACAUAAGCAAAAAAUUCAUUAGACUCUAUUACUAAUCAAUAAAUAUAGAAGUGGAAUUUAUCUAAUACAAACCUUUUAUAUAUUAGGGAAUAACUUAAUCUGCUAAAAGAAACUUAACUUUAGAUAUAAACAAAAAUCAUUAAAUUGAAUAUUUAUCUAAAGGUUUACCAAAAUAGAAAACUAAUUAAUUAAAGGAAUAAGCCUAGAUAAUUGUAAAUUUGGUAAUUUUAGAAAUCAAACCAAUAAACAUUUAUAUUAAUCAAAAUUUACAAAAAAAUUAAUUUUAUAUUAAUAAACAACUUUAUGAGUAAAAAUUUAAUGAUCUUUAAAAUCAAAUAAUUAGGCUUAGUAAUGAAAAUUCUGAUAUGAAAAUUUAAAUCAAUUCAAUUUUAGAAAAAGACUAUUUUUAAGUUUCUGAAGCUCUAAAACNUAAAGGACAAGGAGAAGAUAAUAAAGCGCUUUAAGAUUACAACACAGCCAUCAAAUUAAAUCCUAAUGAUGCUGAUAUUUAUAAUAACAGAGGCAAAUAAUCUAUUAAUAUUAUUAGGAGUUCUAUUAGAUUAAAAAGGAGAGAAAAAAAAAGCGCUUCAAGACUACAAUCAAGCCAUUAAAUUGAAUCCAAAUUAUGCUAAUGCUUAUUAUAACAGAGGUAUAUCAUUUAGUAUGAUAAUUAGGAAUUCUAUUCAAACAAUAAGGAGAAAAAGAAAGAGCACUUCUAGACUACAACAUGGCCAUCAAAUUAAAUCCAAAUUAUGCUCCUUUAUAUUAUAAUCGAGGUAUGCAAUCUCAUAUAUUAUAAUUAGGAAUUCUAUUUGAAGAACAAGGAGAAAAAUAAAAAGCUCUACAAGACUACAACAUGGAGAUCAAAUUGAAUCCAUAUGAUGCUGAUUUUUAUAAUAAUAGAGGUAAAUCAUUUCGUAAUACAAUUAGGAAUUCUAUUUAAAGGACAAGAAGAAUAAUAAUUAGCUCUCCAAGACUACAACACAGCCAUCUAAUUGAAACCAAAUUAUGCUGAUUUUUAUAAUAAUAGAGGUAAAUCAUCUAGUAAUAUCAUUAGGAGUUCUAUAAAACGGACUAGGAGAUAAACAGAAAGCACUUCAAGAUUACACCAUGGCCAUAAAAUUAAAUCCAAAUUAUGCUCCUGCUUAUUAUAACCGAGGUUAUCAUCUAGUUAUAUACUUAGGAAUUCAUUUUGAAGAACAAGGAGAAAAAGAAAAAGCACUUCAAGAAUUCAAUAAAGCUCUCAUUUUAUAACGAGAUGAUCCACUUUAUCAUACCAACUUAGGAAGUUACCAUUUUAACAAAUAAUAAUUUAAUGAAGCAAAUGGUUUUUUUACAUAAGCAAAAAAUUCAUUAGACUCUAUUACUAAUCAAUAAAUAUAGAAGUGGAAUUUAUCUAAUACAAACCUUUUAUAUAUUAGGGAAUAACUUAAUCUGCUAAAAGAAACUUAACUUUAGAUAUAAACAAAAAUCAUUAAAUUGAAUAUUUAUCUAAAGGUUUACCAAAAUAGAAAACUAAUUAAUUAAAGGAAUAAGCCUAGAUAAUUGUAAAUUUGUUAAUUUUAGAAAUCAAACCAAUAAACAUUUAUUUAAUCAAAAUUUACAAACAAAUUAAUUUUAUAUUAAUAAACAACUUUAUGAGCAAAAAUUUAAUGAUCUUUAAAAUCAAAUAAUUAGGCUUAGUAAUGAAAAUUCUGAUUUGAAAAUGUAAAUCAAUUCGAUUUUAGAAAAAGACUGUUUUUAAGUUUCUGAAGCUCUAAAACAAUUAAAUAAAAAAGAAAAUAUCAACUAAUUUAUGUAUUGUAAUGCUUUAGUUUGGAGAUUGUAUAAUUACUUAUUUUCAAUGUAAUAGAUCUCCUCGAAUCUAUUUUUAAUUAAUAAAAAUGCAAUUAUUGAAAGUAAUGCAGAAUUAUGUGAAUAAAUUUUUUAAAAGGUAGUAAAUGCAGGAUUAUCAACCUUAGGAGCAUUACCUAUAUGUGGAAAUGCUUUCAACUUAAUUAAUACUGCUCUAAAUUAUGGGUUUGAAUAUAGAAAAGAAAAAAAAUUUACUGAAAGAUUAAAGAAACUAAAUAAUAUUUUAAAAUGCAGUUCUAUGCUUCCUGAUUAAUUAUUAAUAGAGAUAUAAAUUGCAAAACUAGAAUUAAGUAAAACUUAAUUAUCAAAUUUAACUGUUUAAUCAGAAUCAAAUUUGUAGAUUUUUACAAAGUAAUUGUUGGCAGAAGAGGAUAAAUAAUUUAAAGAUAAGGAGUACUGGGCAGCAGGCACUAAAGACGCAUUAAUCAUUUUACAUUAUAUGGAAGAUAAUAGUGAAAGGAUAGCAAAUGAAAUAUUAAACAAAAAAGUACUAUUAAGGUAAAUAAUUAUUUAAGCAAUCUCUGAAAAAAAUGCUUUAUCCUAAAAUAUCUAUUAGUAUUAGUAAUUAGGGACAGAAAAUGAAAAUAAAUCUAAAGUAGCAAAAUAAAGCUAAUUAAAUUUUUACAAAUGA